AUGGAGGCAUACUCAUGCCUAACGGCGGCCCUAACGUCCUGUACAACCUUGACAAGAAUUGCAAGCUCACCAUUACCAACGGACCUUUUAACGGAAUUACCGGCACGGCAUCUAUCGUCGAUGGCUCCUGCUGAACUUUUUUAUUUAUACGAUUUAGUGCUGCCGAGAAACUGUGAUUUGCUAGCCAGGAAGAAGAUGGACAAACGCUCCAAGCUCCAAGUACAAGGUUGUACGCCACUCCUGUUAUAUAAACGAGGCAUCAUGCGAUAG